AUGGAGACAGGAGCUCAGGAGGCCCCAGUGGAGCCUCACCAGGAGGCCAGAGCCAUCCUCAAUGUCUACGACAUCCUGGUUGUGGCCCUCUACUUUGUCUUCGUUCUGGCAUUGGGGAUCUGGUCCUCCCUCCGGGCCAGCAGAAGCACCAUUGGGGGCUAUUUCUUGGCUGGGAAGUCCAUGACUUGGUGGCCAAUCGGUGCCUCUCUGAUGUCCAGCAAUGUGGGCAGUGGCUUAUUCAUCGGCUUGGCUGGGACAGGGGCAGCUGGGGGCCUGGCUGUGGGCGGCUUCGAGUGGAAUGCAACCUGGCUGCUCUUGGCACUCGGCUGGAUCUUUGUCCCCGUCUACAUCGCGGCCGGAGUUGUCACGAUGCCCGAGUACCUGAAGAAGCGAUUUGGAGGCCAGAGGAUCCAAGUGUACAUGUCUGCCCUGUCCCUCAUCCUUUACAUCUUCACCAAAAUUUCAACGGACAUCUUCUCUGGAGCCUUAUUCAUCAAGGUGUCCUUGGGCUGGGAUCUCUACCUAUCCACAGUCAUACUGCUGGUUGUGACAGCCAUCUACACCGUUGCUGGGGGCCUGACUGCUGUGAUCUACACGGAUGCUCUGCAGACCCUUAUCAUGGUUGGGGGAGCCCUGGUCCUCAUGUUCUUAGGGUUUAAGGAAGUGGGCUGGUACCCAGGCCUGCAGGAGAAGUACAGUAUUGCUAUCGCCAAUGUCACUGUGCCCAACACCACCUGCCACCUGCCUCGGUCUGACGCUUUCCACCUGCUCCGGGACCCUGUCUCUGGGGACAUCCCAUGGCCUGGCCUCAUCUUUGGGCUCACGGUGCUGGCCACUUGGUGCUGGUGCACAGACCAGGUGAUUGUGCAGAGAUCUCUGUCAGCCAAGAACUUAUCCCAUGCCAAGGGGGGUUCCGUGUUUGGGGGCUACUUGAAAAUCCUGCCCAUGUUCUUCAUCGUCAUGCCCGGGAUGAUCAGCCGGGCCCUCUACCCAGAUGUCGUUGGCUGCGUGGACCCUAACAUCUGCCAGGCCAUCUGUGGGGCCCGAGUAGGCUGUUCUAACAUUGCAUACCCCAAAUUGGUGAUGGAGCUCAUGCCUGUAGGGCUUCGGGGCCUGAUGAUUGCCGUUAUCAUGGCGGCCCUCAUGAGCUCACUCACAUCCAUUUUUAACAGCAGCAGCACACUCUUCGCCAUUGACAUCUGGCAGCGUUUCCGCAGGAAGGCGACCGAUCGGGAGCUGAUGGUGGUGGGCAGGGUGUUCAUCGUGUUCUUGGUGGUCAUCAGCAUCGUCUGGAUCCCCAUCGUCCAGAACUCCAACAGUGGGCAGCUGUUUGACUACAUCCAGUCAGUCACCAGUUACCUGGCACCCCCCAUCACUGCCCUCUUUGUUCUGGCCAUCUUCUGCCAUAGAGUCACAGAGCCUGGAGCCUUCUGGGGCCUCAUCUUUGGCCUGGUGGUCGGUGCAAUCCGAAUGAUCCUGGAGUUCUGCUACAGGGCCCCCUUGUGUGGGGAGCGGGACACCCGGCCUGCCGUCCUGAGGGAUGUGCACUACCUCUACUUCGCACUGCUGCUCUGUGGCUUCACAGCCUUUGUCAUCAUCAUCGUCAGCCUCUGCACAACCCCCAUCCCUGAGGAGAAGCUCAUCCCCCUGACUUGGUGGACCCGGAACCUCAGACCCCCCAGCCUGGAAGGGCACUAUCACACCCAUCCACCGAGGGACAGGGAGCCAGCCUUGUCAGCCCAGGAGAGUCCAACAGAAGAUAGUGAUCUUAAAAAGAAGGAAUUCUCAGCCCCUACCCAGUCCUGUUGGCAGAAGUUUUAUUUCUGGUUCUGUGGGUUUUCUCCAACCCCCACACCUAUCCUAAGUCCUGCGGAGAAGGCUGCAAUGGAAAGAAAACUGACAAGCAUUGAGGAGACCCCGCUAUGGAGGCGAGUUUGCAACAUCAAUGCCAUCCUCCUACUCGCCGUCAACAUUUUUCUCUGGGGCUACUUUGCCUAA